GCUGUGUCUUAGUGCUCAUCUGGUUGGAUGCGUUAGCUUUGUGGGAUUUUUUGUUGGUGAACUUUUGCUUUCAAUGAUGAAAUAAAAGUUAAAAACUUUCCUUUGGUUUCGACGUUCUUUGUAUUUAGUAGCUUUCGCACUCUUUGACAAGACGAAGCUCAAAAUCGACUAUCAACAAGACGAGAGAUGGAGAAGAUAGAGCACACAACGAUUCCCACAAAUGGCAUAAACAUGCACGUAGCAUCAAUUGGGACCGGCCCAGUUAUUCUCUUCCUACACGGUUUCCCUGAGCUUUGGUACUCGUGGCGCCACCAGCUCCUUUCCCUCUCUGCCCUCGGCUACCGUUGCAUCGCCCCUGACCUUCGUGGCUACGGCGAUACCGACGCGCCACCAUCCCCCACUCAAUACACCAUCCUCCACCUCGUGGGUGACCUUGUCGGCCUGCUUGACUCUCUAGGCAUUGAGCAAGUGUUUCUUGUGGGUCAUGACUGGGGUGCGAUAGUGGCUUGGCAUAUGUGCUUGUUUAGGCCUGAUAGAAUCAAGGCUUUGGUUAAUACUAGUGUUGUUUUCACGCCGAGGAAUCCAAACCAUAAGCCUCUGGAAAAAUACCGAGAAUUAUUAGGUGAUGAUUUCUAUAUCUGCAGGUUUCAGGAACCAGGAGAGAUUGAAGAAGACUUUGCCCAAGCUGGUGCUGCAAAAGUGCUUAGAAGAUUUCUUGCUUCUCGCAAUCCAAAACCACCUUGUAUACCUAAAAUAGGAUUCAGAGGUUUACCAGACAAUCCAAGUUUGCCUCCUUGGCUGUCAGAAGAGGAUAUAAAUUAUUAUGUUAGCAAGUUUAACCAGAAGGGCUUCACUGGAGGACUGAACUAUUAUCGGUGUUUAGAUCUAAACUGGGAGCUGACUGCACCGUGGACAGGGUUGCAAAUUAAAGUACCAGUCAAGUUUAUAGUGGGGGACCUGGACGUUACUUAUCACUUCCCUGGUGUGAAGGAAUACAUACACAAUGGAGGAUUGAAAAAGUAUGUCCCUUUUUUGCAAGAAGUAGUUAUAAUGGAAGGAGUAUGUCACUAUCUCAACCAAGAAAAGCCAGAAGAAAUCAGUGCGCAUAUUUACGAUUUUAUCAAGAAAUUUUAAUUAGCAUUUGAAACUUGUGCAGGCAAUAAAAGGGCCAUAAUGGGUUUUAUACUUUUAUUAACCCCUGGUUCUCAUGCAAUCUAUUGAUCUCAUCCACUCAGGAGAUGAGAUGAUUACUCAUAUUUGGAGCGAGAUUGAGACAAUACUACAACCGUUUGAAUGAUAUGUAAUGCUUAAAAAUUAGGUUGGUAUUGCUUCCGACUUUCAGACUUGCACGAAGCUGAAAAUAAUGCGAACUUCAAAUUAAUCUUGUUUUGGAUAUGCAUUGAUGAAUCCAUAAGUUGCUCUUCCGUUUC